UUUUUUUUAAAAAAAAAAUUAAUAAAAGAAACAAGAGGAAAAGAAGUACAGUAACGCGUUUCUCCUUCUCUCUGUUUCCUUCAUUCGUUUCGCGAUCGACCACCGCACCGCAGCACCACUCUCAAAUCCGGUCUCAAAUCUCUCUAUUUCUCAUUCUCUCAGUCUCAGGCCGCUCUCCGCCGCCGCUCUCAGCCUCUCUCUCGCAGUCGCAGCGCACACAGCCAAAAAAAUAUUGCGGUUAAAAUUGUGCCCAGGCUCCAAUAUAAUCCUGGCUCCGCCACUGAGUGUCAGUAAUAAUAAUAGAUAACGAGGAAGGAGUAAGUAAGUACUCACGACUUUCAUCGAACACCUAUCGAUCACAACCCCUAACGUGUCAAUCUACCACCUUAUCUUUUUAACUCUUUCCUGGUAAACCCAAAACAUCUUCAUCUUCAUCUUCUCAUCCCUCUCAAAAUCCCAAAAACUAUGAAUCGUGUAUUAUCAUCAUCAUUUUACAAACACUGUAACAGAGCAAUUCACCAAACCAUACCAAAGCACCGAAACGAAACCCAACUCCAAACCGCCGGUCCGGUAGCUUCUCUCAUAAAAUCCCGCUCCGUCAUACGAUUCCGAGGACCCGACACCGUCAAAUUCCUUCGGGGACUAUUAACCAACGAUAUACGCAAAAUUGGUGAACCUAUUGGCGAUAAAACUGCCAAUUUUCCUACACCCAAUGUUCCCACUACUUCUGUUACUCCUAUCUAUGCUGCCUUGUUAACACCUCAAGGUAGAUUCCUCUACGACCUCUUUCUCUAUAAACCGCCAAACUCUGAUACUAAACUUGAUACUACCGGUACUGGACCUGCUUCUGAUCCGAAUCAACCCUUUGAAUUGUUUGCUGAUGUUGAUGCUUCUGUUUUGGAUGAAUUGUUGGCAACGUUUACCAAGUACCGGUUGAGGUCGAAGGUUGAAAUUGAUAAUGUUGCUAGCGAAUUCUCAUGUUGGCAGCGUUAUGGUUCUGGCCCUUCUGACAAUUCCUCGGAUGUAGAAGAACCAGAAGCAGCGUCUGUUGGGUGGGGAGCUGGUGAGGAUGGUGCUGCAAUGUCGUCCUCUAGUGAGGGUAAUCUUGGAUGGCAAUGGUUUAAGGAUCCCAGAUUGGCCUGUCUUGGUUUCAGAGGGAUCUUUCCAUCAAAUAUCAUUCCACCUCUAAUUGAGGCUGACAAAGAGACUGAUGAACAGAAUUACCUUAUGUGGAGAAUAGAGAAGGGAGUAGCAGAAGGAUCAAUUGAGAUUCCAAAAGGUGAAGCAAUGCCACUUGAGUAUAAUCUAGUUGGCCUUAAUGCAAUCAGCUUUGACAAAGGUUGCUAUGUCGGGCAGGAACUCAUAGCACGUACACACCACAGAGGGGUGAUUCGGAAGCGAUUAGUUCCUCUAAGGUUUCAAGAUAAUGAUGGGAAAGUCAUAGACAAAGUCAUUCCUGGCUCCGAAGUAGUAAACAGAGAAUCUGGGAAAAAAGCUGGUUUAGUGACUACUGCUCUGGGAUGUCGUGGGUUGGGGCUCUUGCGGCUGGAGGAAGCUUUAAAAGGUUCCACUGCUUUGUCCAUUCAAGGACAAGAGGAUGUGAAGGUUGUCGCUAGUAAACCAGAUUGGUGGCCUUCUGAUUGGCUUCAAGAUCUUCAACAGCACACUGCUUUUGCAUAGGAUGCUCAAUCUCAUUCAAAAGACAAGUAUCUUUUAACAAGUAAGUGGAUAAGGAAACUGUGACGGCGACGGUAGUGGAUUUUCUUGCUGAGUGAGUUAUGGAAACGACAGUUAAGUCAUAUUUCCUUCUUAGAAACCUUAAUGUAGAACAAUUUUGUUUUCGUUAGAAAAGAAUCAUUAUGUAUUUUAUUAUAAAUUUGUACAAAGCCCUGCCGUCAAAUUCAUUUUGCUUGAUGAGUAGUAUAAGCUGGAAAAAUAUAACCAGUGUAAACUUAAUGGCACAGAGAGACCAUUUGUACCAGAUGAAUAAUGAAAGGCUAGAAAGUUUGGAUAUCUAUGUUCCUAAUAUCAAUGUAGUAGACAGACUUGUUACUUUAUCAAAAAAAUAAAAAGCAGUAGAUUUUUUAUUUUAA